CUGAUCCCACCACCUGCCGGGUCGCGUGACUUGCUUGUUUGGAAGGCAGUUUGGAGCAGCGGUUAAGGGGAGAGGCUGAUGGGGCUGUGUUCUCUGCCUCCGUUGAGGCUCAAAAGUUUCCUCCUCUUCCUUCCCUUCCCAUCACGGGGGUGCGAGGAGCCGUCUCUUUCUUGACCUGCUGAAGUUCCUUGGAGCCGCCUCCCACUCAGUUGUCCUCAGCCGCGACCACCCUUUACCCUAACCGCGUUCCCGCUACUUCCCCCACCGAGCUGCGCUCAUGGCCCGGCUCUGGGUCUGCGUGGGGACCACCACCUUUUUCCUGGCCCUUUUGGUUUUCCAUUCCCGCUUCUGCAGGUCGCCGGGCUUAGGAAGCUUUGCUUUUGUUGUUUCCUGGAGGACAGAGAAACCUCUUUACCGUUUGGAUGUAGGCUGGCCUAAAUAUCCAGAGUACUUCACUGGCACAACAUUUUGUGUUGCAGUAGACUCCCUUCACAGAUUGGUUUAUGUAGCACAGAGAGGGGAUAACAUACCAAAGGUAUUAGUGUUCACAGAGGAUGGAUAUUUCCUACGAGCCUGGAAUGACACUGUUGACACACCUCAUGGUAUCUUUGCAAGCAGUACCCAAUAUGAACAAUCAGUCUGGAUCACGGAUGUAGGAAGUGGAUCCUAUGGACAUACAGUGAAAAAAUACAACUCCUUUGGUGACCUCAUUCAAGUUCUGGGUACCCCAGGCAAAAAAGGGACUGGUGUAAAUCCAAUCCAGUUUGAUAAUCCAGCAGAGAUAUAUGUGGAAGACACUGGAGAAAUUUAUCUUGUGGAUGGAGAUGGAGGAUUGAAUAACAGACUGCUUAAAUUGACCCAAGAUUUUGUGAUGCAGUGGAUUCGUGGGGAAAAUGGAACAGGUCCAGGUCAAUUCAACAUUCCACAUAGCAUAACAGUUGAUUCAACUGGUCGGGUAUGGGUUGCUGACAGAGGAAACAAAAGAAUCCAAGUAUUUGAUAAAAAUACAGGAGAGUGGUUGGGAUCGUGGAGUGAUUGUUUCAAAGAAGAUGGUCCUUAUUCUGUCAGGUUUACUCCGGAUGAGAAAUACCUCAUUGUUGCCCAGUUGAAUAUCAACAGGCUCGCUCUAUUAUCUGCACCCCCUAUAGGGAAUAUUGGGGACUGUGUUGUGGUAAGCACAGUCCAGCUAGCCAGUCAAGUGUCACCCCAUCUUGUGGAUGUUGAUAGGAAAACUGGAGCGAUCUAUGUGGCAGAACUUGGGGCAGAACAAGUUCAGAAAUAUGUCCCAUUAAAAUAAAUAACUAUCUUCCUUCCCUUAGAUAUUCAUAAAUUUACUUUUCCCAAUGAAUGACCAUUACAGAUGCUCCAGUGGAAAGUUUUUGUGAUUUUCUCAUUAAUGACUAAAUGCUCCUAUAAGAAUUUAGUGUUCUGGCAUAUUCUUUUUAGGAAAUGUUUCAGGAAACUUUUUUUUUAUUAAUAAAUCAUUGAAUCCAGA